AUGGGGGUGCUCGUCGGCGACAAUGAGGGUGGCGGCAGUGAGGGGGUUAAGAGCUUGUUUGGCGAUGGGGGUGGUGAUGGGAGUGGGGAUUCGGUCAACUUGCAGUCGGAUGGUGUAGGUCUCCUUGAGGAAGAAGAUGGCGAGGACGAGGAUGAGGAUGAGGAGGGCGGAGAGGAACCAGCUGCGUUUUGGUCCAAGUUUGGCUUUUGGGUGGAGUCCUUUGAGGUUAGUGGCUUCCAGCCAUACCCUUCUGACCAGUCGGAUACUGGAUUGGAUUUCUGUGCGAAGUGGGAAUAUUAUGCCGAGGUUGGUAACCCAUGA